AUGGACGUCACGGCCCUGCGAGACCGCAUCCAGGCGACUUUAGACCCAAAUGCGGAGAAUCGCGGACAAGCGGAGUUGGAUCUGAAAUAUGCCGAGACUCAGCCCGGUUUUAUCAAUGCGCUACUAGAUAUCUUGCAAGGGGAGCAGAACAAUGCGGUUCAGCUGUCUGCCGGUGUCUACCUGAAAAACCGAAUCAGCCGCGGAUGGGCGCCUAUCGACGACAGCCCCUCACGAAAUCCCAUCCCUGAAUCCGAGAAGCCUAGUUUCCGCGAGAGGCUGAUUCCUGCCCUCGCCUCUACCCCGCCAAAUGUUCGCGCCCAGCUGGUCCCCCUUCUCCAGAAGAUCUUGCAAAAUGAUUUUCCCGAGCAGUGGCCUGGAUUCCUGGAUCUCACCCUUCAGUUGCUUGGAACCAACGAUGCGAGGUCCGUUUACGCAGGUCUGCAGUGCCUGUUGGCAAUCUGCCGUGUUUACCGAUUUAAGGCUGGAGAGAAGCGCGAGGAGUUCGAUAAGAUUGUGGAGCACUCUUUCCCACAGUUGCUGGGCAUUGGUCAGAGAUUGGUCGAUGAGGAGAGUUUGGAGGCAGCGGAGAUGCUCCGUAUUGUUGUGAAGGCUUUCAAGCAUGCUAUUUACUUCGAGCUUUCGCCUUCUCUACAGACCCACCAGGCCACAGUGGAUUGGUGCACAUUGUUCUUGAGAAUCAUCUCCAAGACACCCCCUGCUAACUCCAUGGGCGACUCAAAGGAAGAGCGGGAACUGAACCACUGGUGGAAGUGCAAGAAGUGGUCAUAUGCCAACCUGAACCGUCUAUUUAUCAGAUACGGCAACCCCACCACUAUGUCGAAGCAAUCCACACCUGACUACACCCCCUACGCGAAAACCUUCAUUGGUACAUUUGCCCCGGAGAUUCUCAAGGGAUACCUGCAGGAGAUCGAGAAGUGGGUCUCUAAAUCCCAAUGGCUCAGCAACUCUGCCAUCUCAUACACCUUGGUCUUCAUGGAGGAGUGUGUUAAGCCCAAGGCAAUGUGGGAUCACCUUAAGCCUCACAUGGAGAACUUGAUUGCACACUUCGUCUUCCCCAUCUUGUGCCAGACGGAUGAGGAUAUUGAGCUGUUCGAGGAUGACCCGUCAGAGUACCUGCACCGUAAAUUGAACUUCUACGAGGAAGUUUCAGCACCCGAUGUUGCCGCCACCAACUUCCUGGUUUCACUUACAAAGAACCGCAAGAAGCAGACCUUCUCCAUCCUCACAUUUGUUAACAGCGUUGUCAGCAAGUACGAGUCCGCCCCUGAUGACCAGAAGCAGCCCCGCGAGAAGGAGGGUGCUCUCCGCAUGAUUGGAUCUCUCGCCUCCGUUAUUCUCGGAAAGAAGAGCCCAAUUGCUGACCAAGUUGAAUACUUCUUCGUUCGCCACGUCUUCCCCGAAUUCCGCAGUCCCCACGGCUUCCUGCGUGCCCGUGCUUGUGACACCCUGGAGAAGUUUGAGCAGCUUGAUUUCAAGGACCCUAACAACUUGAUGGUCAUUUACCGCAACAUUCUGGAGUCCAUGACUGACUCUGAGCUGCCUGUCCGAGUUGAGGCUGCUCUGGCUCUCCAGCCUUUGAUCCGCCACGACGUCAUUCGCACCUCAAUGCAACAAAAUAUUCCUCAGAUCAUGCAGCAGCUUCUCAAGCUGGCCAACGAAGUCGACGUUGACGCCUUGGCCAAUGUUAUGGAGGACUUCGUUGAGGUUUUCUCCGCAGAGCUUACUCCUUUCGCUGUGGCAUUGAGCGAGCAGCUCCGUGACACCUACAUGCGUAUUGUUGGUGAGCUCUUGGAACGCAACGCUACUAAGGGCGGAGAUGAAGAAUUUGGCGAUUUCCUGGAUGACAAGAGUAUCACCGCUCUUGGUGUUCUGCAGACCAUCGGAACUCUGAUCCUUACUUUGGAGAGUACACCUGAUGUCCUUCUGCACCUGGAAACCGUUCUUAUGCCCGUAAUCAGCAUUACCCUGGAGAACAAGCUUUACGACUUGUAUAACGAGGUUUUUGAGAUCAUUGACAGCUGUACUUUCGCUUCCAAGAACAUUUCGCCCACUAUGUGGCAGGCAUUUGAGCUGAUCCACAAGACCUUCAAGGCUGGCGCUGAACUGUACCUUGAGGACAUGCUGCCUGCUCUUGACAACUACGUUGCUUACGGCUCUGACAUGCUUGUCCAAAGCCCGGCUUACCUUGGUGCCAUUGUCGGCAUGGUGGAAGACAUCUUCCGCGAUGACAAGGUCGGCGGUGUUGAUCGCAUUUGCGGCUGCAAGCUUGCUGAGACUCUGAUGCUCAACCUCCGAGGUCACAUUGACCAGUACAUCCCGCUCUUCAUUGAGCUUGCUAUGACUGUCAUCGAUGCCGGUGAGGCUCGCACCAAGUCUUACCGCAUUCACCUGAUGGAGAUGGUCAUCAAUGCCAUCUACUACAACUCUGUUCUCAGUCUCCAGGUUCUUGAGGCCAAGGGCUGGACCAACAAGUUCUUCAGCAGCUGGUUCUCCAACAUUGACAACUUCCGUCGUGUACACGACAAGAAGCUGUCUAUUGCUGCCAUCAGCUCGCUUCUCACCAUGAAGGCUGGCGAUGUCCCACCAAGCGUCCAACAAGGAUGGCCCAGACUUCUGCAGGGAGUGACCCGGCUCUUCCAGACUCUGCCCGCUGCGCUCAAAAUGCGCGAGGACGCCACCAAGGAGUCUGACUUCACCCUUGAUGAUGACGAUGAGAUUGACGAUGAUGAGGAUAAUGACUGGGAUGGUGAGGUUGAAUGGAACGAGGAAGAGGUUGAGGGAGCCCUUGAGGAUGACGUUGCCGACGAGAGCGCAGCCUACCUUGAGUUCCUCAACCAGGAGGCCCAGAAAUUCGGCUCUUUCGUAGACGACGAGGACGAUGAGCUGGAUGAAGAGAGUCUCCUCGAAACACCCCUGGACAAGGUCGAGCCAUACGGCAUGUUCAAGCAGGUUUUCCUGAACCUCCAGUCAGAGCAGCCACAACUGUACGAGAGCUUGAUCAAGGUUCUCGGCCCCGAUGAGCAGCAGGUCAUCCAGUCUGUCUUCCACGAGGCCGAUGCCAAGGCUGUGCUCGCUCAGCAGAACGCUGAAGCCGCUGCCGCCGCCAUGCAAGCCAACGGCGCCCAAUAG